GCUUUCCCCCCUUGGGCUAGGUUCUCUGCUCUGGUCGUCCAAGAGCCACCCUUUCCCUAGCGGUCCCUACUCUGGUGAACAAAGUAAAUCCACGUUCUAGCUCUAAAGCUUGAGCUCGGGGCUCCCCUCGUGCUUGGGUUUGGGUUUGGAGUUUUCGAAGAGGAAGUUUUUAAUACAAUAGUUUAUUCGGUUUUCCGUCAUGGCGGAACCCUCGCCCGCACUGCCGAGCCAAACGGCCAUGGUGCUUGACGAGGGGAGCCAACCAGUGGACCUAAUCAAACAUCCAUCGGGGAUCGUCCCCGUUCUCCAGUAUGCUCCUUCUCCGCCAUAGUUUUCCCGACCAUCUCUUCGUUAUAGGACGAUUCGAAGCGUGAUUUAUGUUGUGAUGGGAAUAAACUUCGAUUCAACGAAUCCGUGGGCGAGUGGUGCGCUCUCUCUCUCACUUGCAGAAACAUAGUUUCUACAGUCAACAUGGACUGUCGGUUGGAUCUGAAAGAGAUUGCACUCCGAGCACGAAACGCCGAGUACAACCCUAAGCGUUUCGCAGCUGUCAUCAUUCGAAUACGCGAGCCAAAGACAACAGCUCUAGUUUUCGCCUCUGGGAAGAUGGUGUGUACAGGCGCGAAGAGUGAAGAGCAAUCGCGGCUAGCUGCUCGCAAGUAUGCUCGUAUCAUUCAAAAGCUUGGCAACGACCAAGUCAAGUUUAAGGAUUUCAAGAUUCAAAAUAUUGUGGGUUCUUGCGACGUCCGCUUUCCAAUCCGGCUAGAAGGGCUUCAGAUUGCCCAUCAACAGUUUUGCAGCUACGAGCCAGAGCUCUUCCCUGGCUUGAUAUACCGCAUGAAGCAGCCCAAGAUCGUGCUUCUUAUCUUUGUAUCAGGGAAGAUUGUCCUCACUGGCGCUAAGGUGCGAGAUGAGAUCUAUCAGGCGUUUGAGAACAUCUAUCCUGUGCUGAACCUAUAUCGGAAAAUACAAGCAGAGCCACUGCCACCGCCUCCUGAGACUUGACCCACGCAAGGGUAUUGAUAGCAGCAUUUUCCGGUCAUGGCAUCAAUGCAUGAGCUGCCACAAUAUGGCUAGUGCAACCUCUAGGAGAUGAGAAGUACCUCAAAAGCAGCUUGGGGAAGGAGAUCCAAGAGCCUCUCUCUUUGUGCUGAACUGGACUGUUCCACCACUGCCUUAUGCGGUGUAACAGCCAACUCGUCGAUUUCGUUGUACACACGUGCACUUGCCAUGUAGUUGGGCCAUGUAAAUGCCAGGCAGUCGAAGGAGUGGCAGGGCUGUUGUUAUCAGGGUAUUUUACCCUGAUUCCCUGAUUUCACAGGGUAUUUUUUUGGCCAACCCUUAAUUUUCAGGGUUGGGUUUUUUUGAACCCUAACCUCUUCAGGGUUGUAUGUUUGUGAACACUGAAAAUUUCA